GAGUGGUGGUCAGACUUCAGAUAAUACUGCUAACUCCGCUCAAACUCGCAUCAAAUGAAACAGGGGGAAUCGUAUGGAUUCGUGUUGAUUUAAGAGACAGGGGGAUCAAACAUACUAAUAUUAAAGUGCUGAAUCUACUGUACAAGUCAAAGGGGACUGACCCAUGAACAUAAAACCAUGCACGCGUCACUGGUAAUGUUCAUAUGUGCCCUGGCAUAUGCCACCGCCCGGGAGCCAGACCACGCCCACGGCUGUACCCAUGGCAGCUGUUACCCGGCAACAGGAGACCUGUUGGUGGGCCGUGAGAAGAGCCUGAAGGCAUCAUCUACAUGCGGCUCCAGGAAGAAAGACCCCUACUGCAUCGUCAGUCACUUACAGGAUGAGAAGAAGUGUUUCCAGUGUGACUCUCGCCGCCCAUAUGAUCCUGUCUACAACACCAUCAGUCACCGCAUUGAGAACGUCAUCACCACAUUCAAACCACACCGCAAGAAGUCAUGGUGGCAGUCAGAGAAUGGAAAGCCUGAUGUCUUCAUUCAGCUGGACCUUGAGGCAGAAUUCCAUUUUACUCAUCUUAUCAUGAUCUUCAAGACAUUUCGCCCAGCAGCCAUGGUGAUUGAGCGAUCGGCAGAUUUUGGACGUAACUGGCAGGUGUACCGUUACUUUGCCUACGACUGUGAUUCGGUCUUCCCCGGGGUAUCCAAGGGACCCCUACGCAAAGUAGACAACGUCAUCUGUGAGUCGCGCUACUCUGACAUCGAGCCGUCCACAGAGGGAGAGGCGAUCUACAGGGUUCUGGACCCUGCCAUCCACAUUGAGGACCCCUACAGCCCCAACAUUCAGAACCAGCUGAAGAUCACUAACCUGCGUGUGAACUUCACCAAGCUGCACACUCUGGGAGAUAACCUGCUGGACUCCCGCGUGGAGAUCAAGGAGAAGUACUACUAUGCCAUGUACGAGCUGGUCGUCCGCGGAAACUGCUUCUGCUAUGGCCACGCCUCCGAGUGUGCCCCCAUCGAUGGGAUCAAGGAUGAGGAGGGCAUGGUCCAUGGGAGGUGUGUCUGCAAGCACAACACGAAGGGUCUGAACUGUGAGCUGUGUGAUGACUUCCAUAGUGACAUGCCCUGGAGACCGGCUGAAGGACGCAACACCAACGCCUGCAAGAAAUGUAACUGUAAUGGCCACUCCAACCAGUGUCACUUUGACAUGGCGGUGUACCUGGCCACGGGCAAUGCCGGCGGUGGCGUCUGUGACCACUGUCUCCACAACACCAUGGGACGCAACUGUGAGAUGUGUAAACCAUUUUACUACAAGGACCUCAGUAGGGACAUCAGAGACCCCGGGGUCUGUACUGCCUGUGACUGUGAUCCUGAUGGUUCCCUGAACGGGGGCAUCUGUGACGGGCAUGACGAGCCGUCCCUGGGCAUGAUCGCUGGGCAGUGCCGCUGUAAGGACCACGUGGAAGGGCAUCGCUGUGACAAAUGCAAGUCUGGCUUCUUUGGCCUGAGUGCAGCAAACCUCCGCGGCUGCCAACUCUGCCAGUGUGACCCCAGGGGUACUGUGUCAGAGAGCCCAAAAUGUGACCCUGUGAGCGGGGACUGCUUCUGCAAGCGACUGGUCACCGGACGCAGCUGUGACCAGUGUCUGCCAGAACACUGGGCACUGAGUCACGACCUGAAUGGCUGCAGAGACUGUGACUGUGAUGUGGGCGGAGCCACAGAUAACCACUGCUCUAUGGAGAAUGGGCAGUGCCGCUGUCGUAGUCAUAUGAUGGGCCGUCAAUGUACCCAGGUGGAGUCUGGGUGGUACUUCAUGGCUCUGGACCACUAUACCUAUGAGGCUGAGCUGGCCAUAUUGGGACAGGGCUGCAGUGUGGAGCAGAAGGAGCACCAGCCUGGGCGCCCUGCCACCUGGACUGGCACUGGGUUUGCCAAGGUCCCAGAGGGCAGCAGCCUGGAGUUCUCCAUCAACAACAUCCCCUACUCCAUGGAGUACGACCUCCUCAUCCGCUAUGAGCCACAGAUGCCACGGGACUGGGGGGAGGUCCGUGUGACGAUCAUUCGGCCAGGGCCCAUUCCCACCAGCAGCCCAUGUGGAAACACCAUCCCUGCAGACGACAUGCUCACUGUGUCCCUGCCUGCAGGAUCCAGGUUUGUCGUGCUGCCUCCACCUAUAUGCAUGGAGAGAGGAGUGAGCUACACUCUUCGCUUUGAGUUCAGUCGCUAUCUGGAUGGGAACAGUAUUCUCAUUCUUGGUACAACCGCUGCCAACAUUCUAGUGGACUCUAUCUCCCUGAUCCCUCGUUACUCCUCCCUGGAGAUGUUCAUUGGCGGUGACCCUGCCUCCAUCGCUAGGAAGCAGAGCUACGAACGCUACCGCUGCCACGAGGGGGCCAAGAGCGUGACACGCCCCCAGAUCAGCAACGUCUGUGCCAAGCUCAUCACCAGCAUGUCAGCCAUCAUUAACCAUGGAGCCCUGCCUUGCCAGUGUGACCCCCAGGGCUCAGUCAGCUCAGUGUGUGACACGCACGGAGGUCAGUGUCGCUGUAGGCCAAACGUGAUUGGACUUCGCUGUGACCAGUGUGCUCCUGGGACGUACGGCUUUGGACCUGCAGGAUGUAAAGCAUGUGAGUGCAAUCUGGAAGGUGCGGUCACUCGGUCCUGUGACCAGUUGACUGGGCAGUGCCCGUGCCGCCCGGGUGCGUUUGGCCAGCGGUGCGAUGGCUGCCAGGCAGGACACUGGGGCUUCCCCAACUGUAAGCGAUGCCUGUGUAAUGGUCAUUCUGAGGAGUGCCACCAGAGGACCGGAGCCUGUCUCAACUGCAGGGACAACACUGGAGGGGACAAAUGUGACAGGUGUGCCAACGGUUACUACGGCAACCCAGAGUUGGGCACAGGUAUGGGUAACCAAUGUCGGCCCUGCCCUUGCCCAGAUGGCCCAAACAGCGGACGCCACUUCGCUGCCUCCUGUUACCAGGACAACCGCAACAGACAGGUGGUCUGCAACUGUAACCAAGGAUACACAGGUUCCCGGUGUGAGGAGUGCGCCCCUGGUUACUACGGUAACCCCUCCCAGCCAGGUGGGCGGUGCCAGCCGUGCAGGUGCAGUAAUAACAUUGACAUGUCAGAUCUGGAUGCGUGUGACCGGCGGACAGGAGAGUGUGAGAAGUGUCUCUACAACACAGAGGGACCGGACUGUGGUGUGUGCAAGAGCGGUUACUAUGGAGACGCCUCGCGACGCAACUGCAGAAAGUGCACCUGUAGCUUCCUGGGCACAGAGCAUACCCAGUGUACAGCGCGGGAUGAGUGUGUCUGCCAGCGUGCCACGGGGCAGUGCCAGUGUUUACCCAACACCAUCGGCCUGACAUGUGACCACUGUAAGCCCAACUACUGGAACCUGGCUAGUGGGCGGGGCUGUGAGGCCUGCGGCUGUGACCCCAACAACGCUGUCAACUCGGCCUGCAACGAGUUCACUGGAAAGUGUCAGUGUCGUGAUGGAUUUGGUGGAAAGACCUGCACAGACUGCCAAGGGAACUACUGGGGAGACCCCAGGAUCCAGUGCAGAGUCUGUGACUGUGACCCCCGGGGCAUAGAAACAUCCCAGUGUGACCAGAAGUCAGGCCACUGUGUGUGUCAGCAGGGGGUGUCGGGCGUGCGUUGUGACCAGUGUGCCCGGGGCUUCUCAGGCCAGUUCCCUAACUGCCAGCCCUGCCAUCAGUGCUUUGGGGACUGGGACCGGGUGGUGCAGGACCUGGCUGUCCGAACCAAGACCCUGUCGGAGCGGGCUCAAGAGAUCCAGACCACGGGCCUGACUGGAGCCUAUGAGAAGGCCUUCAGAGACCUGGAGAAGAAGCUGGCACAGGCCCAGGGCAUCGUCAACACCCGCAACACCACCGCAGAGGCAGUCAGCAGCCUGAUGGAGCUCAUUGAAGACCUCAGGUCUCAGAUAGGUGAGACAACAGACACACUGAAUCAUCUGGAGGGAGACCUGACCAGUGUGCAGAACAGCAACGUUGAGGCCAGUAAUGAGCUCAGUGCUCUGGAGAGAGAGGCCAAACAGCUAAACCUGACCUCAGAUCAGCUCCACCGUCAACUAGACAUCCUCAAGAACUCCAACUUCCUGGGUGCAUAUGACAGCAUCCGCAGCUCCUAUAACAAGUCCCGUGAUGCAGAGCGGCGAGCCAACCAGUCAACCAUCACCACGCCCAGCACUGUUAGCCAAUCAGCAGACACACGCCGCAAGACAGAACGCCUCAUCUCUGCCAAGAAAGAUGACUUCAACCGUAAGAACGCUGCCAACAAGCGAACCCUGGGGGACCUCAAUGCCAAGGCUCAGACCCUGGACAUGAAGAAGAUCAAUGAGAAGGUCUGUGGGACCCCUGGCGAUGCCCCCUGUGCAGAGAGCCUUUGCGGAGGAGCAGGUUGCCGUGACGAUGAGGGGAACAGGCACUGCGGAGGCCUGAACUGCAACGGUGCCGUAGCGAUGGCAGAUAACGCCCUGGAGAGGUCCAAGCACGCAGAGAAGGAGCUGAACAAAGCCAUGGGGGAGGUAGAGGAGCUCUUCCACAAGGUUGCAGAUGCCAAGACCAAGGCGGAGGAGGCGAAGAGUAAAGCCCAGGCAGCUCUGGACAAGGCCACCAACACCAAGAACAAGGUGGAGCGCUCCAACAAUGACCUGCGAGACCUCAUCAAGCAGAUCCGGGACUUCCUCAUGCAGGAGGGUGCUGAUCCAGACAGCAUUGAGACGGUUGCCAAUCGUGUCCUGGAGCUGUCCAUCCCAGCCUCACCACAGCAGAUCAGACACCUGGCAGAGGAGAUCAAGGACCGGGUCCGAAGCCUCUCCAACGUAGACGCCAUUCUGCAACAGACACAGGACGAUGUGCGCAAAGCAGAGCAGCUGCUGCGGGAGGCCAAGAAGGCCAGGAAUCGGGCAGAGGGGGUGAAAUCCACAGCAGAGACGGUAAAACAGGCACUUGAGGAUGCUAAGAAGGCCCAGGCCGCAGCAGAGAAGGCCAUACAGCGGGCUCGGGCUGACAUUGGUGAAACGGAGGCUCGACUAGCACAGAUUGAGUCUGAGACCUCCAGCAGUGAACAUGACCUGAAUGAUGCCAUGGACCGCAUGGGCAACCUAGGUCGGGAGAUUAAUGCUCUGAAGCUCAAACGUGCCCACAACAGCGUGGCAGCAGCUCGAGCUGAGGAGACAGCCACUAUGGCACGGGACAAAGCCAAUGAGGCCAAGCAGAUUUUAGAUGGCGAGCUGAUGGAUAAGUAUCACACAGUGCAGGAGUUGGUGGACACGAAAGCCAAGACCGUCCAGGAGGCGAAGAAGAAAGCAGAGCGCCUAAGAGAUGAGGCCAAAGAGCUACUGAAGGAUGCCCAGAACAAGCUCCAGAGACUAGCAGAGCUAGAGAAAGACUAUGAAGAGAACCAGAAAACGUUGGAGGGCAAAGCACAGCAGUUGGACGGCCUAGAAGACAAGAUGAAGGCUAUCCUCAACAACAUCAACAAACAGAUCCAGAUCUACAACACCUGUCAGUAACAGCCAGGACCUGGCUGGUCAAACCAGCACUGACAGACACUAUAUGAAACGACUACUGUUUCACACUGCUGAGCCUGUACACUAUGCACCUCGCCAUGGAGGUGCCUGUCCGACUACACUGUGUAACCGUGCCUUUUUGAUUGUGAGAUUUCACACAACUAAUAUAACAUUGUGUGGACACAUUGUGUAUUACUGUGUGACUUUCAACUGAAGGAUAGAAGUGCCUCCACAUGACAUUUCAAUUAAAAUGUGUCAAUGUGUGCAUGCAAAAUACAGACAUUUGCACAUGAUAUUUGGCCCAAAACUCAGAUCACCCCCUAAAACACUGCCACAUUCAUAAUAUAAAGAAUGCCCAAAAAAUUACGUAUGAAUACAUUGUUCUGGAUAAACAAAAAAAAUGAAUAAAAGUUGUGUACCCUACCCACUGGCUGAAACGUCACUCUGACAUAGUUUCUGAUAUCUCUCCUGGAUCAAUGAUGGAUGAAUGUGCUCAUUAAA